CCGGCGCGCGGGGGCCCGGCCCGCUUCCGCCCUCCCGGGGCUGCGAGACCAGCCCCGGCCGCCCGGCCGCCCGUAGCUCCAGCCAUGGGCUCGGGGCGCGUGCCCGGGCUCUGCCUGCUCGUCCUGCUGGUCCACGCCCGCGCCGCCCAGCACAGCAAAGCCGUGCAAGAUGUGGACGAGUGUGUGGAGGGGACUGACAACUGCCACAUCGACGCCAUCUGUCAAAACACCCCACGGUCAUACAAGUGCAUCUGCAAGUCUGGCUACACAGGGGAUGGUAAACACUGCAAAGAUGUGGAUGAGUGUGAACGGGAGGAUAAUGCAGGCUGUGUGCAUGACUGUGUCAACAUCCCUGGCAAUUACCGAUGCACCUGCUAUGAUGGAUUCCACCUGGCGCAUGACGGCCACAACUGUCUGGAUGUGGACGAGUGUGCUGAGGGCAACGGCGGCUGUCAGCAGAGCUGUGUCAACAUGAUGGGCAGCUAUGAGUGCCACUGCCGGGAAGGCUUCUUUCUCAGCGACAACCAGCACACCUGUAUCCAGCGGCCGGAAGAAGGAAUGAACUGCAUGAACAAGAACCAUGGCUGUGCUCACAUCUGCCGGGAGACACCCAAAGGGGGUAUUGCCUGUGAAUGCCGCCCCGGCUUCGAGCUCACCAAGAACCAGCGGGACUGUAAAUUGACGUGCAACUAUGGUAAUGGUGGCUGCCAGCACACAUGCGAUGACACAGAGCAGGGUCCCCGGUGCGGCUGCCAUGUCAAGUUUGUGCUCCAUACCGACGGGAAGACGUGCAUCGGGGAAAGGCGGCUAGAGCAGCACAUCCCCCCUCAGGCCGUUUCUAAUGAGACCUGCGCUGUCAACAAUGGGGGCUGUGACAGUAAGUGCCACGAUGCAGCGACGGGUGUCCACUGCAGCUGCCCCGUGGGCUUCAUGCUGCAGCCAGACAGGAAAACCUGCAAAGACAUAGACGAGUGCCGCCUGAACAACGGCGGCUGUGACCACAUUUGCCGCAACACGGUGGGCAGCUUUGAAUGCAGCUGCAAGAAGGGCUAUAAGCUUCUCAUCAAUGAGAGGAACUGCCAGGAUAUAGACGAGUGUUCGUUUGAUCGAACCUGUGACCACAUAUGUGUCAACACGCCGGGAAGCUUCCAGUGCCUCUGCCAUCAUGGCUACCUACUCUAUGGUGUCACCCACUGUGGAGAUGUGGAUGAGUGCAGCAUCAACCGGGGAGGCUGCCGCUUUGGCUGCAUCAACACUCCUGGCAGCUACCAGUGUACCUGCCCAGGCCAGGGCCGGCUGCACUGGAAUGGGAAGGAUUGCGCAGAGCCAGUGAAAUGUCAGAGUAGUCCUGCUGCCUCCAAAGCCACGCUCAGCUGCAACCGGUCUGGGAAGAAGGACACCUGUGCCCUGACCUGCCCUUCCCGGGCCCGGUUUUUGCCAGAGUCUGAGAAUGGCUUCACCGUGAGCUGUGGCAUCCCCAGCCCCAGGGCUGCUCCAGCCCGAGCUGGCCACACCGGGAACAGCACAAACUCCAACCACUGCCUUGAGGCUGCAGUGCUGACAGUUAAACAGCGGGCUUCCUUCAAGAUCAAAGACGCCAAGUGCCGUUUGCACCUGCGAAACAAGGGCAAAACGGAGGAGGCCAGCAGGAUCCUGGUGCCAGGUGGUGCCCCCUGCUCUGACUGCCAGGUCACCUUCAUCCACCUCAAGUGUGACUCCUCUCGGAAGGGCAAGGGCCGGCGGGCCCGGACCCCUCCAGGCAAGGAAGUCACUCGGCUCACCCUGGAACUGGAGGCAGAAGUCAGAGCUGAAGAGAGCACAGCUGGCUGUGGGCUGCCCUGCCUCCGACAGCGGAUGGAACGGCGGCUGAAAGGGUCCCUGAAGAUGCUCAGGAAAUCGAUUAACCAGGACCGCUUCCUACUGCGCCUAGCUGGCCUUGAUUAUGAGCUGGCCCACAAGCCAGGCCCAGUAGCUGGGGAACGAGCCGAACCAGUGGAGGCCUGCAGGCCCGGGCAGCACCGCUCUGGGGCCAAGUGUGUCAGCUGCCCGCAGGGAACGUAUUACCACGGCCAGACGGAGCAGUGUGUGCCAUGCCCAGCGGGCACCUUCCAGGAGAGAGAAGGGCAGCUCUCCUGCGACCUUUGCCCUGGGAGUGAUGCCCACGGGCCUCUUGGAGCCACCAACAUCACCACGUGUGCAGGUCAGUGCUCACCUGGCCAACACUCUGUAGAUGGGUUCAAGCCCUGCCAGCCAUGCCCACGUGGCACCUACCAAUCUGAAGCAGGACGGACCCUGUGCUUCCCAUGUGGCGGGGGCCUCACCACCAAGCAUGAGGGGGCCGUCUCCUUCCAAGACUGUGACACCAAAGUCCAGUGCUCGCCUGGGCACUACUACAACACCAGCAUCCACCGCUGUAUCCGCUGUGCUGUGGGCUCCUAUCAGCCUGACUUCCGUCAGAACUUCUGCACCCGCUGUCCAGGAAACACAAGCACUGACUUUGAUGGCUCCACCAGUGUAGCCCAGUGCAAGAAUCGCCAGUGUGGUGGGGAGCUGGGUGAGUUCACUGGCUAUAUCGAGUCCCCAAACUACCCAGGCAACUACCCAGCCGGCGUGGAAUGUGUCUGGAACAUCAACCCCCCACCCAAGCGCAAGAUUCUUAUCGUGGUACCCGAGAUCUUCCUGCCGUCUGAGGACGAGUGUGGGGAUGUCCUCGUCAUGAGAAAGAACUCCUCCCCAUCCUCCAUCACCACCUAUGAAACCUGCCAGACCUACGAGCGCCCCAUUGCCUUCACAGCACGCUCAAGGAAGCUCUGGAUCAACUUCAAGACAAGUGAGGCCAACAGUGCCCGUGGCUUCCAGAUCCCCUAUGUUACCUAUGAUGAGGACUAUGAGCAGCUGGUAGAAGACAUUGUACGAGACGGCCGGCUCUAUGCAUCUGAAAACCACCAGGAGAUUUUAAAGGACAAGAAGCUCAUUAAGGCCUUCUUCGAGGUGCUGGCCCACCCCCAGAACUACUUCAAGUACACAGAGAAGCACAAGGAGAUGCUGCCAAAAUCCUUCAUUAAGCUGCUCCGCUCCAAAGUUUCCAGCUUCCUGAGGCCCUACAAAUAGUGCCCGUAGGCCCAAGACCCAGGUUUUGAAGCUCCCCAACUCUUUAGCCCAGAGCCAGCAGCCCCUCAGAGGAGGGACUCUCUCCGAUCUCUUUUUGGAGAAAAAAAAAAUCACUAUAUAGACAAGGCACUCUCCCUUUCUGUUCCUCUAGCUUCCCUGCCUUUCUUUUUCUGCCUUGCUCUUUCUCUCUCUUUACUUUCCCUUUUCCUAUAUGCUCCCUGGAAAAGCCAUUCAGUGCUGGCUCUCUUCCCCCAAGGGGUGAAGGAACAGUAUCCGCUCCCCUCUCCAGCCACACUGUCCAUUGUACCAGCUCACAUCCCUGGCCUUAUCAGCUUGGAAGGGUGCUAAAGGCCCAUAAAGAAAGUGGGUCUAGUGGGGAAUGGGGAGGGCGCGGAGGGGCUUCUGCUGUUACAGGGUUGUGCCUUGCGAGUCAGGAGCCAAAAUGUCCCCUGGCUGUGCCUCCCAGGGAUAAUCUAACAGCCCAGGGUUCUGCCAAAGAAGCCUUUGACUUACAGGCUUAAUGCCAGCACUGGUCCUCUGGGGCACAUGGGUUGAGUCCUGGACUGCCCACACAGCCAGCCGUCCUAUCUAUACAGCUCCUCUCCUUCUUCACCUAUGUCUUCCUGGGGUCCAAUUCAUGAGGGAUUACAAAAGGCCCAUACCACUGGGCUAGCGGACACUGGCUGAAUGAAGAAGAGCAUCAGGAAUUACCAUGUUGAAUAUGCUACUGUUGCUCCCCAAGAGACUUUAUCUCUGCAGGACAGAAACCAGGUUUCAAAGCAUCGCCAAAAAAAAGGAAAAUGUGUCCUCUAAAGGACUAGACUACACAACAAUUGGAAGCCACCCUCAGACACUAAUCCUUUUUCUUACUUGUCUUCCCUGGCCCAGCCGUUCCCUCACUCCCUCCGGAGUGCUUCCCUGGGGAGCCUACUCCCCAAGCUAAGUUUUGUCCUUAAGGAAACAUGGCUGCUGACCAAAAGCCA